AUGGCAAGAACUGACUGGAAGAAACUGCGCAUUAUUUGCUCGCAGUCUAUCUCACGCUUCACCAGCGGGAGUGCCACUUCAGGCAAUGAUUCUGACGAAUCAAAAACUGUCCCGAGUCUUACAACGAGUAGCACUGACUCUGAAUCGCCCUGUAUUGUCUCGCCUUCUGGGUCAUUUUCCAGUUUCGAGGACCUUGCAUAUGAUGACCCUCACUACGAGGGGGAUCUUCGUUCACCACUGACGCAAACUUUCCUAAAACCAUAUGUUGACUUCAAAAAAUACCACGAUGAACCUGAGGAUCUUACGGCUUAUAUUUCACGCAUCGAUGAGUUCCCCCGCAAUUUUGGCGGAUUCGGCAACGUCUGGAAAUGCAAAUUGACAAGUUCCUUCCUCCGAAACGGUACCAAAAUACUCCCGCAAAAAGUCGCAGUCAAGGCUUUCAGAGUGCCGUCAAGGAAACCAGAAGACCUAAAUAAAUUGAUCAAGAAAUUACGUCAGGAAGUCUUUGUCUGGAGACAGCUGGAACAUUCGCACAUAGUGCCUUUGUAUGGCACUACGGAAAAAUAUGAAAUUAUCCCAGCGCUAGUGUGUCCAUGGAUGAAAAACGGUUCUCUCCAUCAAUAUCUGGGCACAAUGCGGCGUGAGCAGUCGCCACCUGAAAUGCGUCGUCUCUUUCUUCUUCUCCUCCAAAUCGUAUUAGGUCUGCAGUAUCUGCAUUCUAAAGAUAUUGUACAUGGAGACCUUAUGCCUCCUAAUGUUCUGAUCGAUGAAAACGGGAAUGCUCUACUUGCGGACUUUGGUCUGUCGUGCCUGCUGGCGGAUCAUGAGACAUCUUUCUUCGCAUCUCACAGCUCAGGCGCAACUCGUUGGGCUGCUCCAGAAAUUAUACCGCUUGAUACCGAAAAGCCCGACGAAUGUGUUAGCAAGCCAAAUAAAGCGAGUGACAUCUAUUCAUUUGGUUGCAUCAUGAUGCAGGUGCUAUCUGGCCGCCCCCCGUACUUUGACAUGGAGACAGAGUCUCUUGUCAUUGUGGCCAAAUCUAAAGGCAUUCUGUCAAUACGACCCGUAUCGCCUGCAAUUGCCGAUGAUCACUGGUGCUACAUUGAACAAUGUUGGUCGACGCAAGUCGAGAUGCGGCCUUCGGUUGAUGAAGUUCUGGACUAUAUAAAGGGAGAGUAUGACAUACAGAGUUAG